AUGAGUCACGGCCGGAUCGCGCCUCGCUCGGAGCCGACGUGCUCGCCGUCCACGGGCGAGUACUAUGUCGACGCCUCGGGGGGUGAUCUCCAGGUCGAUGUGUUGAACUGGACGCUAGCCAACGACGGCCUCGCGCCCAAGUCGUGGACCGACUACCUCUACUUGUCGGUCGGCAGCACUCUCUCCAACGCCGGCGUAAGCGGGCAAGCCUUUCACCACGGACCUCAGAUCAGCAAUGUCCACGAGCUCGAUAUGGUCACAGGCAAGGGCGAGCUGAUAACAUGCUCAGAAGAGCAGAACUCAGAGCUGUUCCAUGGAGUUCUCGGUGGUCAGGGACAGUUUGGGAUCAUCAUCAGAGCCCGGAUUGCACUGGAGACAGCUCCUCAUGGGGUGAGAUGGAUCCGAGUACUGUACUCCGACUUCGCGGCCUUCACCAGAGACCAGGAGCUCCUCGUCUCGCUCCACAGCGCCCACCGGAGCGAAAGGUUCGACUACAUCGAAGGCUUCGUCAUCAUUGAUGAAGGCCUCAUCAACAACUGGAGGUCGUCCUUCUUCUCCCCCAAGAACCCUGUUAAGGUAAGCUCUGUUCACUCCAACACGCUGCUGCCUCGCUGCCUCGGCUCCUCGGCCUCACGCGCAGCCAGCAAGCAGCCUCGCUGCCUCGGCCCCAGACGCGGCCACCCCGCGUCAGCUCUUCGGCUAACGGCACAACAUGCUACCUCGGCCCCAUGCGCGGCCAGCCCGCGUCAGCUGCUCGGCUGA